CGACUUUUUCGUAGAAGAAGCGCGAGCGAUAGAAGACGGUGCGAGAAGAGGUGGCGGAACAAACCCGACGCAUGAAGAGGAUGAAAGGACAAUCGGAGCCGAUGAUUGGCAGGGAUGAUGGUGACGUCAGAGAACGUGCCUCGGGAAAGAGGACACCAGGGAUGCGUGGCGGACAAGAACAAGGAGUCAAAAAGAGGCAGUCGAAGCAAGAGGGUGCAACAACAAGUAAGAAAGCGAUGAGGUCCAGCGGUUUGACCAUCCACGAAGGACAAGCUAUGGGUGAAGGAGAUUCGGCUCGUCUAGGCAUUACCGCCGCGAGAGAAUCUUUAGAGAAAUCCAAAAGGAAACUGGCAGCUGAAGAAGGCGAUGGCCAGAAGAAACCUCGGAGGAGGAAGACUGCUGAGGGGACGAGUGGUGGCGAAAGGGCGGUCGGUAGGCAGUACGACAAAGCGGCAGCGUUUUGGCUCGAAUACGAGCGGAACGAUGACGGUGAGAUCGUGAAGAAGGAUUUACCCAUUCAACUGCUCAUCGACCCUAGGAAGGUCUGCGACAUCCCGCCGUGGGAAAGAUAUUACAAUCAUCGCAGUCUCACUCGCGAUGGUGUGGAGGACAUCAAGGGUGCGAUGCUAAGGCAGUUCCGGGAGGAAAAGGGGAAGAUCUGGACGAAAAACCCUUUGGUUCUGACACCCAUCUACAAGCCGGUGGCGCAUAAGCAAGAGAGAGUUGAGAGGGUUUACAAGGAUGUCUUCAAGCUAGAGGACAAGGACAAGUACUUCUAUUACCCUGUCAACGGACAACACACCGUGGCUGCUGUGAAGGAGUUGGCCGGUGAGCCAAUAUUCGAAUUGUGGAAGAUGCACAUGUGGCCGCCGAAAGUCGUGUGGUUCUCCGACGAAGACUUUGGGAGGUAUUUGCAGGUCUGUCAGAUGGAGAACACAAGACACAAGAUGUCUAAGCAGCGUGCGCAGAAGGCCGCUUUCGAGGACAUGUGGGAGGCAUGGGAGAAUCAAGGAAGGCCGGUGGCCAUUCAAGGGGACCCUUCCGGUAAGGAGGCCGAAAAACAAGCGUUUUUCGACUUCCAAAAGUUGCUUUUGGGAAAGAGUCCGAACGACGCUCACUGGACGAUGGCACAUAAAGCGACAACGCUCGCCGACAAGGACCACGUCGCUGCUAUUGGCAAUGCAGUGAGGCAAUGGAUGCCGCUAGUGACGGCCAGUGAUGAGGUUUUUUGCAAGGGCAUGGAGACGACAAAUGGGCCGAGGGAAAGUUGUUGGGCGGAGACGGGAAGACGCCCUUGUCGAAGCCGGGCAAAUACAUGCUAGACAAAUCUCCGGGUCUUCAAGCGAUUCCGGAAAUAGGCGAGAAAGGGGCGGCUCGUGAAACAAAGAUGGGGUGGCUGG